ACUAUCGAAACAAUUCAAGAUCAGAAUGUAACUGAAGGUGAAACUGUAGAUCUGACAUGUGCUGCAUCUGGGAUGCCUCAACCAAACGUGUCUUGGAUUAAGCCCAAUAAUCAAAGGGUUCCUGGAAAUGUGUUGAAGCUUGUGAACAUUAGAAGGAAUGAAGCUGGUCAAUACAAAUGUGAAGCCAGUAAUGAAUGUGGCAAUGCAACAGCGAUGGCAAGCAUUGAUGUGCAUUACAAACCAGAGAAUGUGCAAUUGACAACUUCUGUGGUGGACAGCAAAGCAAGUCAGGGUGAUACUAUCGCCUUUAACUGCUCAGCUGAUGCUAAGCCAGCAGUGACGUCAUACAAGCUGUUUAAGAAUGGCACUGACAUGGAGGUCAACCUUUUAGAAAUGUGGAAGGAGACAUUAGAGAAUAGAGGAGUGUUUGUCUACAAAUGUAUGGCUACCAAUACUUUGGGAUCAACAUACAGUGCGGAUGUUACUUUUACUGUGAAUGGUGGUCUCUGUGAGCAACCAUGCACUGGUCAACGAUCGUGUAGUAAGUUCGGGGAAAAAAAUGUCUGUAGCUGUCCUACGGGAAAGACAGGAACAAACUGUGAGGUCCCAGUGGAACCAAAGAAAAAUUUUGUUGUGGGACUUAAAAUAAAGAGAGAGUUUAAACAAGUAUACGAGGACUUGGAAAAUCCAGAAACAAAAACGCUUGUCGAGGAGAUUAAAACAAAUACGAUAGCCGAAUUCCAAGGAACUGGUCUCGCGAGUGUUAAGGUGCUGAAACUGAGGCCCGGAAGUAUCAUUGCUGACUUGGAACUAACAUUUAACAAGUCUGUUGGCCAAAGUAGUGUAGAUGCACUGCUGACGCAGGCAGUGAACAAGGGAAAACUUGGCAGUAUGGAAGUUGAAGAUGCGGUCGUUGGAGAAACUUUCCCAGAUACAUCCGAGAAAGACUGUGGAACGUUCUUUGAGGGAGAAGAUUGUAAAAAAGCCAAGCCUGGUUUGAUCGUACUCUGUGUAGUUGGAGGUGUGGCAGUUUUGGCAAUCAUCGUUGCAGUAAUAGCUUACGGUUUGCACAAGAAGAAGUCAGACGUUGCAUCGUUCUCAANAUCUAUAUAUAAUCAAAUGGCAACGAGUGAAAAUAGGAAAUAA